AUGGCCUCCGAGGAGACCAGCUUCGGAGACAAGGAUCACGCCGCUGACGCUGUGCUUGAAGUUGGCCAGAGGCUGUUCCAUGUCAAUAGGCGGCUGCUGGCCUCGACCAGCGAGUAUUUCCGAGCCUUGUUCGGGGGUGGUACCAGGGAGAGCUCGCAGAAUCACAUCGUGUUGUGGGGACUGGAUCCCGAGGUCUUCCAGCUGCUGCUGGGCUUUGCCGCUCGGGGCCGAGUGAGAGUGGACCGGCGCAAUGUGGAGGCCUUGCUGGAGGCGGCCGACUUCCUGCUCUUCGACCGGGUCAAGCUGCUGUGCGCCGCCUUCCUGCAGCGGGAGCUCAGGGUGGGGAACUGCGCGGGGGCCUUGGCCUUGGCCCAGCGCCUGGCCUGCCCCGGCCUGGCAGCGGCCGCCCGCGGGGUGGCCCUCACCCACCUGGCCGACUUCAUGGCCGAGGAGGAAGAAUUCCUGCAGCUUCCGAGAGAGGUUUUGGCCGAGUUUUUGGCCAGUGACCACCUGUACGUGGCCAAAGAAGACCAGGUAUUUGAAGCUGUGAUGAAGUGGGUCAGUCACCACAACAGCAGGGAAGGUCACUUUCUGGAGCUGCUGGCCUUGGUCAGGGCCCCCUUCCUGACCCUGUCUUUCCUCGAUCUGAUGAUAAAACGCUCCAAGUGCGGCUUGCAGGCUGACCCUCACAGCAGACUCCUGAGGAUAUUAAAUCACAGCCUUCCCCAGAAUUGGACUAUGGGCCAGUCCCAGACCAGCAGGACCUAUGAGACCAUGUAUGUUCUGGGGGGCAAACAUGAGCAAGAACAGCAGGAACUAUUUCAGUUUCAUCCUCAAACGAACACUUGGCAAGCCUGCUCACCUCUCCGACGCAGAAACCUCACCCAAUAUGCCGUAGCAACAGUAGGGAAUUUCAUCUUUGUGACAGGCGGAUACUUUCGAGAAAGUGUGGUGUGGUACUGUGUGGACUGGGUGCUGGUUUAUAACUGUUGUGAAGACAGUUGGAUGGAAGGACCGUCAAUGAAGCAGUCUCGCAACUGGCAUUGUGCAGUCGGUGUUGGGAUGUACCUGUAUGUACUAGGAGGGAGCACUGAUGAGGCGGUCAUCGCUGAUGUUGAGCGUCUUCCAUUGAUGGCGACAGAGUGGGAGAAAACAGCGCCCAUGAUGCGGUCCGUGGAGAGGGCUGCAGUGGUCAGUGCUGGCACCUAUAUAUAUGUUUUGUGUGGACUAGAUGAAAAUGGUGACGUUUACAGUGGGGUGCAGCGUCUGAAUGUGGACAGUGACGUUUGGGACAUGAUCUCCUUCUCCCCUCUUCCUCGAUAUGAUCUCUGUGCCACCAUUCUGAACGGUGCAGUGUACGUUGUGGGAGGUCAAACAUUCCGUCUGGACAUAGACACUGAUGAAUGGACUCCAGUUGACGAGGAAUGCUUCAAUGAAAAGUUUUUCAGCGGUUGCACAACUGUUAAUGGAAGGAUCUUUGUCCUUGGCGAGAGGAGAGGGAACACGUCCAUCCCAAACAUGAUUCUCUUUGACCCCUAUACAGAAACAUGUCAGGUAGUGGAUGCAACUGUGCCCUGCCCACUCCCUAUUCGAGGCUGUGUGUCCAUCCAAAAGGUCAAUGUGAGAUCUGGAAUUUAAUCAGAUACAGUCACUUGUGUUGUUGCCCCUGUAUCUGCCACCCUUUUGAGAGUACCAUCAAGAUUAGGGAAUCAAGGUGCCAGCAUUCCUAGCUAAGGAGAGACUGCAAUCACAAUUGCUUUCUGGUUACCCUGGACAAAAUCUGGAAUCAUAAUUGCCACCUCGUCAAAUGUCCUAUUGAAAAGUAGCCUGAGACUUACCACCUAGGUAAACCAUCAAUGCAUUAGUGAGAAUCUCUGACUCACAGCCAGUCCUUUUGUGGCUAUUAAUCUGGUCUCCUUGACUGAGCUAAAUGUCUUUUUUUUCUCCCACAUUUAGGCUUUUCUUGCUUCCAGACUUAAUUAUUAUCAUGUUUUCCUGGUCACCUAUAUAAACCCUAGCACAACAUCAACUGGAUAUAGAUUUGCUCGCUGAGCUGGAAGGUUCAUUUUCAGAUGUUUCGU